AUGCAUUUUACUGAAUCUCAGUAUCCGGAAACUUGUUACCGAGAAAGAAAUAUUAAAUGUUCGGUUAGUGUGAGAGAUUAUCCAUUCUGGGGUAAGAUUCUUGGAAGUCCGAAGAAUUACUACGUCGUUGAGGCAGAACUUCGUGAGGAAGAGCUUUCCCGUCGACUUAGAGUUGAAUCCGAAGAAAAUUCAGAGAUUGAAGAAGAAAUAGGAACCGGUUUAAACGAGAAGGUUUACUUAGUGUGCAAUUCUCCAGGAUUAGAUGACUGGAUCGAAUUGCCAUCAGUCACGCCGAAACAAAUUGUAGUAGCAAGACAAAUCAUCCGGUAUUUCACGGGAUGUCUCGAAACUACGGUACAAACUUUCCCUCAUUUUCCUGUAAAUGAAGGGAAUUAUUUACGUGCCCAGAUUGCAAGAAUUACUGCAACCACACUUAUUUCUCCAGUUGGAUACUUUAUUUUUAAAAGUUCAGACGAUGAAGAAACAGGAAAAUUAAGUAUCAAUCCCAAUUACCAUCCGUUAUCUGUGAAAAACUUAACUGACCCGUCUUUGUCAAAUUGGUGUCACCAUAGUCGUUACAUUUAUGAAGAUGGACAAACCACCAGCUGGGAUUCAUCUGAAGAAGAAUCUGAUGAAGACUCGAGUGAAGAAGAAGAUGAGGAUGAAGUAGGCCCGUCAUUAUUAACAUCAUUAUCAAAAGACACUUUGUUAGGUGCAGUUCCAGCAUGGACUUUAAGAUUAUCGUCUGAAAUUCAGCUGGACACAGCUAUUGCUACUGUCAGGUCAAAUUUAUGGCCCGGAGCUGUUGCAUUUGCCAAGAGCGGGGUAUGUGGUAAUGUGUACAUUGGAUCGGGUCAUAAAUAUGACAUUUGUGAUUAUCGUCCACCAGAAACGCCACUUGUAGAAAAUCAAUAUAAAAUAGGCUCGGAGAAAGAAGAUCGUACUUUGGAAGAAGAAAUUGAUAAUCAUGAACUUCAAUUACUAGAAAAUUUUGAAUCA